UCCGGUUGGGGGAGAUUUACAUAAAACCGGGCGAUGGGUGGUCAGCAAGGCUCUGAGGAGGUGGCAGUUUGCACCUGAGACCUGAACGCCAAAAAGGCAGCAUGGGAAAGUCUGCAGGCGAGGGAGGUGCGAAGUCGCGGAGGUGUAAACAACCUCGUGGUCUGAGGAACAGGAAGAAGCCAGUGUUGGGGGCAGGCCAGAGCCGGGCAGCAGUGACCCUCGGAGUCUCAUUCGUGUCACAGGAGGUGGAGCGCUCAAGCCCUUUUUAAACGCCGUGUCACUGGUACACACGUGGCGCCCACGCCCCGGCCUGCAGCUCGCCUUUUUCUCUCAGCGUGUGAUGCCUGCUGUCAGUCCACGGUGACCCACGUGGGUAGGGCGCAGUUGUAACGGCAGACGCUCUGCCACUGUGUGAGUAGAUCCCAGCUGUCUCACCAUCUCCCCUGCUGCUAAGCACUGUGGUCCCCACUGCGGGUCAGGGUCACGGCCCUUGGCGUGUCUCCUCACUUCACUCAGAGGUCCUCCCAUGGAGCCCUCAGGCCGCCCAAAGACCCUGGAGUGGCCUCUGGAAUGUUGCCAGAUGCUCCACAGCUGGGACCCAGUGAUCCGCCCCCCAGCAGGAUGGCCCAGGGCUGUCGCCGAUAACCAGCUAGGUUACAACACGCAGCCAAGAUCAGCAGCCUAAAAACAGCGGUUCUUACAUAAGGCGCUGUGGGCAGCACCGCUCGGGAGGCUUGUGGUUGAGAGAGGCAAGCGGUCCGUGACUCGGGCUGAGCUCCCCUGUGUGCAGCGCCUCCGGCCCCCACGCUGGGCCCCGCUCCGCCUCCCCACAGGUGCCUGACCCGUGGAGCUGCAGUGUGACCCGGAAGCAGCGAGCGCGUCAUCAGCUCGGCCAGGGGUGUGCCGUGUGCUUGGACACGGGCACGCGGGGGUGGUGGCAGCGGGCCACCAGAGGUGAGAGCUGAGUCACGCAUGGCAGGCCCCCAGGAGCUUUGGAAGGGUCCCCACUUGUGAAGCGCCUCCUGUGUGCUCGGCACUGUUCCAGGCACCGGGGAUGCAACAGGGAGCAAGAGAAGGCUCCGCCCCCCUGCGCUCGGAUCUGAGAGAGGGAUAGAAAACGCAGGCACACGGUGCACAGACGGGGACAUACCGGGCCCCGAUGAGUCCUGCGAAGAACAGACACGGUGGGCUGACGUCCUACAGACGGGGUCAGUAAACUUUUCUGUAAAGGGCCAGGUGGUCAGUAUCUUAGUCUUUGUGGCCACGUGGCUUCUGCCACCACCGCUCAGCUCUGCGUUUGCAGCCACGUGGAUGUGCAUGGCUGUGUUCCAGUAAAACUUUAUUUACAAAAGCAGGCCCCUCAGGCCACCAUUUGCCACCCUGUCCUGGCUCCUAGGGGACUGUCAGACCCUUUCCGGAAAGGAAGCGAGAGCUGAGCCAGGUCACAGGAAGGAGCUGCAUGGACAGUGCGUUCCGGGCAGGACACGGUGGCGCCUUGCUGUCGGACCCCGUGGAGCAGAGCCUGGGUUCCCUCCCGUCUGGGGAUGCCACACCGCCAAGGUUGGUGCGAGGCAGUCUUGCUCCACGGGAACAAAGCACCGGCUGACCGGCAGAGCCGGCGGGCGCGCCACGCAGCGGGGAAGAUGGUGGAGCACCUGGCCAACACGGAGAUCAACAGCCAGCGCAUCGCCGCCGUGGAGAGCUGCUUCGGGGCGUCGGGGCAGCCGCUGGCGCUGCCGGGCCGCGUGCUGCUGGGCGAGGGCGUGCUGACCAAGGAGUGCCGCAAGAAGGCCAAGCCGCGCAUCUUCUUCCUCUUCAACGACAUCCUGGUGUACGGCAGCAUCGUGCUCAGCAAGCGCAAGUACCACAGCCAGCACAUCAUCCCGCUGGAGGAGGUGACGCUGGAGCCGCUGCCGGAGACCCUGCAGGCCAAGAACCGCUGGAUGAUCCGGACCGCCAAGAAGUCCUUCGCGGUGUCGGCCGCCUCCGCCACGGAGCGCCAGGAGUGGAUCAGCCACAUCGAGGAGUGCGUGCGGCGGCAGCUGCGGGCCACGGGCCGGCCGCCCAGCACGGAGCACGCGGCGCCCUGGAUCCCCGACAAGUACCGCGAGCUGGCGGCGGAGGAGCGCGCGGGCGCGGGCGCGGGGCCUCCCGCGGGGGCUGGCAGCGGAGCGUCCAGUGGCGAGGACGAGGACGACUCUGAGGAGGACAAGGAGGGCAGUGGGGAUGGCGACUGGCCCAGCCGCGUGAAGUUCUACGGCGAGGGCGUCUCCUGGUCAUCCUUCCACAGCUGACCCCGUCCGCAAACGUGAGGGACGGGCGCCCGGGUCACCUGCAUCCAAGCAGACUCGGCUGCUCAGGCCCCUAAGACAGUGAGUCCCCGAAGUGCAGAGCACCCCAGGACCCUGCCCAGCGAUGACGCCGCCCAGCGGGCAGUGGGGGCAGUGGGCGUGGCCCUUGGGGGCAUUGGGCGUGGCCCUUGGGGCGGUGGGCGUGGCCCUUGCUUUCCGACCUUGGCCCCCUCUAUUCCACUUCCAGUGAUUGUCCUUCCAUCUAGCAAAUCGAAAAAACACUCAGGCCUCUUGGGAACAAAUGCCAUUCAACAGCCCUGUGAUCUGUAGCCCCGGGCAGCCCCAGGCACCUCUGGGGAACAGAGGGAAGGUGGGACUGGAUGAAAUAUCCCCCUCCCUGAGGCCGUGAACCACAGGCACACCAUCGGGAGCCGCUGGCAGUCCUGGGAGGCCUCCAGGGAGCAGAGCUGCCCACCCACCGUGCCGAUGCCACCGGCCUGGUCAGCUGGGCCUUGUCAGGCCCAGCAUGUGGGCUCGCCCAGAGCCGGGCAAGGCCCUGCCAUGCCCUGGGUGCCCACCGGGCCCAGAGCCUCCAGCCUGAGUGUCCUGUGGUCCAGAGCGGCCUGCUAAGACCUCUGGCCCAUGUCACCUCUUUCCAGGUGUCAGAUACCUGUCUUGGUCCUUAUCUCUCCCUGUGGGAAAGCGGUGUUUUCUGUUAGGACUCAGUUUCAGCAAGCGGAAACUAUCCAGACGGACCUAGUAAUAAAAAGAAAGUUUAUCGAC